CCGACGGGCGGUGCGCGAUCGGGUCACAGUUUUUCCCGUUUUGUUUUCCUCGCUCGGGUAUUUUUUUCUUUCGCGGGUUUUUGUUUUACCUUGUUUUGUGAUCGAUUUUCCUGCUCCAAUCUCGGGUUUCUUUUUAAUUGCAUCUCCCUACCAUGUGUUAGUUGCUUUUGGCGUACUUCCAUUCUCCUCUGUUGGCCGAAUCGUGUAGGUUGCAGCAGGUGCUCACGCACGGUACGCACGGCUCGAGAGAACGGUAGGUUCGCAUAUCUAACCAGUCAGUUGUACGAUCGUGAUGUUUAACGGCUCAAGCAGGGACUGCGAUCAAUUAGUAAAAUUCUCGGUAAAUCUUUUUCUCGUAUCAGGAUCGAUAGGGAACGAUUGAGUGUUUAAUUGUGUUUGUGUGGGAAUAUCGAACAGUGUCCACGGAGGAAUUCUUCAAUGAAAAGAAUUGCUGGCUUCGUAGUGACACCAUCAAUUGCAAUAAUCCGGUGACAGUAUCCCUAGAGCACUGGUGCGGAGUGUUCCCACAGCGGCCCGUGUGUUCGAAACUCGACGGAAAACAACUCGGAAAAAGCUGAGCCGAUGCGUCAGCUAGUGUGUUUUCGCUAUAAAUAAGUAUACGAUACGACAGUGCUGCAAAAAAAAAAAUAAAUGUGAGAAGCUGCAUGCAAAGCUAGGAAAAGAAGUAUAUAUUUAUUAAAUAGAGCGAGUAAAUCGGAAGUUCAUGCGAAAGGCAAAAACGUCCACACUGACGAUAGUCGAAUGUAAAGGUGAAGCUUACCGACUUGCACAGUGACAUCACGGUGUGAAGCAGCAUCAACGGCAAGCAGUAAAACAACACCAGCAAAGUGAGGUUAAUUUAGGAAAAACCAGACCGUGCACCGAUGGGACUGUGCCCCCCCAAAACGGAAAACAAGUGUAUGCGUGUAGCGCGAAAUUUAUGAAAACAAAAUAAACAUGGAGAGUGACACCAAAUCGGCUCCGGACACCGCAGAAGGCUUAAAGAACCGUCCUGUUGCUACAGUCCCUUCAACAUUUUCCCGCCUUUCCCAGUGACCUAAAAUCCAAUCCAACCGAUCAAACACUGCUCACAUCUCGCACGAUAUGGCUCCAACGCGCAAGAAGCGCUCCUUGGCCCAGUUGCUACUGUACGUGGCACCUGUUGUUGUGGUGUCUCUGCGCAGCCCUGGAGAGCCGGAAACGACCAUACUGGAAGAACAGCGGACGGGUAUCGUAGCGAAACUGACUGCCGCAUCGGUUGCCGUCGCUGCAGCUGCUUCCGAAAAGUCCACCACAGAUCAGAGCACCUUUGCCGGUAAUUUGGAAAGCGCGAUCAAGGAGAAGAUCGUUCCGAUACAGAAGAAACUUUCCCAGGAGGAGGAUGACGCUGCUGAGGAGGAAGAGAUAGAGGAGGAAGUCGAGGAAGAGGUUGAAGAAGAGGAGGAAGAAGAGGAGGACGAACAGGAGGAGGAGGUGUCUGUAGAAGAGGAGCAGAAGAAAACAGUUGAACCACAGCCUCCGGUAAGUAGGCAAUCGAAAGAAGCGCCUGUCAAGCAACUGGUGGAGGAAUCAACGCCAAGUACAGAGGAUGUCCAAAAAGAUGUUCGAGCUGUUGAAGAAACUGCAGUCACUGUCUCUACUAAAGAAACGCUAAAUCCCAAAGAACCUAAAGAAGAGACGAAAGAAAAUCCGCCCGUUGAAGAACCAGAGUUACCGAAGGUAUCGUCGCUGGAAGUGGCCGCUGUCGCAACGUCACUGAGUGACCAGGAAUCGACGCUCGAGUCGAAAGAGCAUGGCGAUAAGCCGAUGGUGCCACCGCAGACUUACCUCUGGGAAGAGGUUAAGAAGUCCAAGGAACAGGGAGGUUAUCCAUGGACACAUUUGUACAAAGGAGAGCCGGAGGAAGGUACGGAAGGAGCACAACCCCCAUCCGUUGAAUCACCUGCAUCGAACCGACGCCGUAAAGGGGAAGAGCAGUCCGUAGAAGAGGAAGAUCUUUUAGCGGAAAAGAAGGUUAAGGUACAGAAUGUGGAACAUCGCAAUGGUACAACCGGCGAUCACCCGAUGGACUUUGAUGAGGCGACCACUUCAAAUGGGCAUUGUGAAGAGCAACAGGGUGAUGAAGCUGCCGCUGGUCCAAGUGAACCGAAGCCACAGUCACCACGACGCAGCAGAAAGCGUGCGGCAUCACACGAACCGGAAACGGGUAGUCGCCAUUCGGUUAAGGAGGAGAUCAAACACUUCCUCGAUGAGCAUCCGGCUAUUCGUAGCUUUAGUAACAGUCUCACACGCCAGGGCAAGAAAACGCGCACCUUCGUUAGCCGAUCGCUGGAACGGGCCAAAUCGAUGGCUGAUCGUCAGAUAGAUCGUGCCCGGGUGCAGAUGAACACACUGCGCCGUAAGAAGGCUGCAUCGGAACCACGCGGAUUUCCGGAUCAAAAGAUUCUGAACCUGCGGGAAUCGCCACGGUUAAAUAAUCGCGAAAUUCCAGCCUAUGUUGUGCGUCAACCAAGUGACGAAGUGAUUGAGGUAGUGGACGAGGAUAAGAUUGUUAAGGUAACGGUGGAAACGGAAGCAUCCAAGAGUACCGUGGUUGUGCCGGAUGAAAUUAUAGAGCUACCGAAGGAUCAAGACAAUCGACCAACGGAAUCGGUGGAAGAACAAGUGAUGGUUGUGGAAGUAUCCGCUCCAACUAAACCUAUUACUCCAGUAGUUGAGGAUGAUCGGUACGAAAUAAUUGAACCACCAAAGUCAGAGACUGCUGCUAGUGUCGAACAACCAACACAAGUGGUUGAGCCUCCGAUCGUACCCGUGAAAGCUAAACCACCGCAAAAAGCACCUCGCAAGAAGAAGGAACAUCAUUACGAAGAUAUUGAAGAUUUCGAACCACAAUCGACGAAGGAUGCAGUACCGGAACCGGCAGUACCCAGUGUAGACCAAAAACUUCAACGCCAGGAACACAUCAAAGAAGAAGGGUUAGAUCCCAUCAUUGGAGAGAUGUUAGGCAAUGACAAGAUCAAGAUAUCACUUCAACUCCAGGACGAAAAGUUCGUAGAUGAUAUGUUCGGUCGAAGAAAACAUUUGGACGAGAUUCUGCAACAAUCUUCCGAAGACGAAAAGGAAAAGGAACCGGUGAAGCUAGCCAACAAAGGUCUGCUAGCUCCUAUAUCAUCGAUCGACUCAACGUCCUCAGAUGAGGAGGCUCGUCGCACGCAUCUCAGCACGCUGGCCGAAGAAAGUGAUACGGGCAGCAUCGAUGGAGGUACUCCGUGCAAGAAGCAGGACUCGCUCAAAGAUUCGGAAUUGCCACCGGUGGAAGAGUGUAGUAAAGAGUUGGAACUAACGCCUGCCGAAGAACAUCUGCUGAUGCAAGCGGAAAAGACGAAUGAAGACAGUUCGACCAAACAGGACGCAAGCCAACCGGCUGCAGAACCGGAACCAGUAGUAUCGGUGAUGGAAUCGGAACAAGCGAAGGUUGACUCUCGUUGGUCAAAAAUGAGUGAUCACGAGUACGAGCCCAUUGGAGAACCGGUCGAUGCCAGCAAACCAUCCACCAAGGAUGGAUUGUUGGCCGUAUCCAGCAAUGCACAGCAGCAACCGGACGGUCAGGACCGGAAGCUGUCCAACGCUUCGUUCCUUCGCGUUCCAGGCAACGAUGAGGGCGAUACGAUCAGCAUGGAAGAGCUCCAAAAGUCAAUUGAAGAUCGCUACUUCAAUCUUCCAACAGACGCUGCAGCCCCAGAAGGCGCAGAAGGAACGACGGCCGCAUCUGUCGCAUCGGAACCACAGAGCGAGAAGACAAGCAAAGUGAAGGCUGCUAUGACGAAGGCUCAAAACAGCGGUAAACAGGCGAUGGCUAAGGCACAGGAAAGUGGCAAACAGGCAAUGGCCCGUGCACAGGAAGGUGGCAAAACGUUACAGAAGAAGCUAAUACAGCAGACCGAUCGCUUCAAGACGAAGAUGUCCAACAUUAAGCUGAAGAAGGACAAAGAAGUGGCUCCACUAGCAAGUCCGGAGAUAGUAACCACACCCGAGUUGGAGAAGUUGGACUUCACGCUUGCCGUUCCCAAGGACGAGGAACAGUCCACUCAGGAGGCAGUUGCGGAUGAAUCUAUCGUUGCGGCAGAGGAAGCCACGGCUGCAACUGGAGAGGAUGAAACCACUGCGGCCAAGAGUGGUACGAAGUUUGGAAAGCUUAAGAAUAUACACAUGCCAAAGCUUCAGAAGCCUGACUUCAAGCGUCCGGAAUUUACGAAAAUCUCCAAACCGAAGAUGCCAAAGCUGAAGACACCCGAUAUGUCUAAAUUCAAGCGUCCUGAGAUGCCCAAGUUCCUUACCGAGAAGCCCGACUUUAGCAAGAUGAAGUCGGACUUUGCGAAGAUUAAGCUGGCGCGCAGUAAAUCCAUGAAGGAACCUUCUCCAUCCGGUGCGACCAGCGCUGCGUCACCCUCCGACGCUUCGAUGAUGGGCGAUUCCGUUACAUCUCCCACCAAAAUAAACUACACCGAUUUCAGUACGUAUCCACGCAUUUUCGAUAAAUUUAAGCGUCAAAAAUCGACUCCCAGUGGUCAGGCUAGCGUUCGUGCGGGUACACCACCACCGCUCGAGUUCACCAAAUCAGCAAAGACAACGCGUCCAAAGGGAACGUCUCUGGUAUCGCGUUGGACGUCAGAAAAGUCGGAAGAUACAGAAAGCAACCGCUUCUUGCAAUACACCGGCAGCGAGUUAGAUGAGCGGGAAACGUCCGUCGAGCGACGCAUGCGCCAGGAACUGGAACGGGCAGAAUUCGAAGGCCCGGAACUAGCGGUGACGGAGGAACAGAAGCAGCUCGAAGAAUAUGAUAAAGAGAACCGUGAAAUCCAUCUGCUCUCUGCAGCUCGCCACGAGGAGUUCCUCAAGCGCAAACCUCCGAUGGAGCGUCAGGAGUCCGAUCUUGCCUCGGAGGAGGAGAAACAAUUCUGGGCCAGUUCGCUUGGUCAAAAGAUUCGUCAGAAUAUCGACAUGAACAGCAACGAUCUGGAUUUCCUCGACGAAGAGGAACGCCUGAUGGUGGCCAAGGAAGAUGAAGCUAUUGAUCAGGAGGCACGCGAACAGGCCCGUUACUUGCUGGAGUUGAGCAAGCAACGCACCGAGAAGGAACUGGAACGUCGUUCGUCCACACCGUACACGAACCAAGAGUGUCAGUCUUCCGGCAGUUCCAGUGUGCGCCGACGUAAGGGUGUGCUGGAAGAGAUCGAUGACGAUGAGUUCUUCCUACGUCAGAAAGGCAUUUCAAAAGACAACAUCCAGAUGGGCGAGUAUAUCAGUUCCGCCAUCAAGGAGGGCUUGAGCCAACCAAAGAACGCACUGGCCGAUAUGGACCGUUAUGAUUACUACGAUGAAGAACUCGACCGGGAGCAGGAUGGUAUGCGAAGAUACUAUCAACCGAGCUUCGAAUCGGACGACGUCUCUAACCAGCAGAGUUCCUUCACGGACGAGUACCGUGGUGGUAAGGGUGGUGCUGACUUCUAUCGCACUUUCCCACCAGAUCGCCCGAAUCGUAAGCCGAAAAAGGCAGCAGAUCAAUCCGUCCCAGCAGAAGAUCAAGACUAUGGACUAGAGGACGAAGAAGAGGAAGAUCUAGGAUUCUUCGAUCGACAGCGUACCAAGUAUGGCAGUGAGCAACCGCAACUACUGCAAUCGGCAGCCGCACGUUACAUGGACGACGAAGACGACGCAUCAGCCAUGGGUGGUUCGCUGCCGCGGCAGGCCAUGUUGGCUGGUACGGUUGUUCCGCCAACUCCACCAACACGCCAUCGCAAGAAGCGCUUCCGUGAUGUGACACCAUCGGACGUAGGACCAUCAUCAUUCACUAACGGCGGAUUCGCCGUAGGAAAGUCCAUCUCCAAUAACUUCAUCUCCGGACCACCACCUCCCACGUCUACGAUGGCAUACCGUGCGGAAGUACCACUCGCUCGUGAGGAAAGCUUUGGUACGAUUCCUGCACCGACACCGCGUCGUUCCCGAUCGCGAUCUCAGAUUUCCAAGGCUCUCGAUGAUGAUGACCGUGUUUCACGUGGAGCUGAGUCUCUGAUUGGAGGAAUUAUCGAUCGAUCGCCAGUCCCAGGUAGGGACUCUUAUUCUUACGAAAUUUCCGAAACCAACGGAUAUGCCACUGUUCGCAAGGAAGCACCACCGCGUCCACCGGCACCAAUUCGACGUCGAAAGUCGACAAGAUCGCUCGAUGCACCACCACCACGGCAGUUCAAUACGCUACCCAACUACCAUCACUCAGUGUCGCCCGUCCGGCCACAGCGCAACUACAGCACCAUUAACCCGAACCGUCCACCACGCAGGAAGUCCGUCACUAGCUUGACCGGUGAGCAGCAACUGAAAUCCUCCAGUCUUAGCAAGGACGACGUGGCACAGUAUGAGGAUGUGAUCGCUCCGGCGCCGCCACUGGGACCUAAACCUCCCCUGCACUCGGGUGACAUUGCGAACAAGAUGAAAGAUCGUCCACUGCCACCUCCACCGCGUCCCACGCGUAAACCACGUCGCCCAGAUGGUAGCGAUCAUCACGAUCUGGAUGGAGGAGCCGAAAGGAUGGUAUUUUCCGUGCACGACACCUCCAUCGACGAGGUAGAAACGGCCACCCAAACCGAUCCAGUCUCGGAAGACUUUGGGCUGGACGCAGAAAUAGCGGCCGUAACGGAGCGAGCAGCUCGGGCACACGACGGUGAGCAGUUAGAAGGCGCACUUAACCGAUUCCGGGAAGGUAACGCAAAAGCACUAUCCGAGCGUCCAAAAUCAUCGCGCUCCGGUAGUCGUCCGGAGACACCGGCCUCAAUUCUGAUCGAGCGGAAGGUAUCGACACCUUCGCUAAACCAUGAAUCUAUUGUGGAGGCAUCACUGACCGUGCAACCGUUGGAGGAGUUUGAUGACGAUCAGUACAUCGCGGAACUGGUGAAGAAGUAUGUUUCGGAUGAGCGGAAACCGGAACCACGCAAGACGGACACAUUCGAGCGACGGUUCCGCAAGAGCACCAACAGCUUAACGCGCGAGGAUGAAAUUCGUCCCGCGGAAGUGAGCAACACACUCCGUACGCCAACGAUGCGCUCGUCACGCACCUCCGUAGAUGGACGACUAUCAGCCACCACUCCGGAGCCUUUGCGUAAUGUCGAGAUCGCACCCAACGUGAUCGAAGAGAUUGUGGAGCGACUGCGUACGACCGAACAGCAACACAUCGAUGAGCUGCACAAGCUUCACCAGGAACAGUUGGAAGGUUUGCGCCGCCAGCACGAAGAUCAAAAGCGUCUGCAGGAACAGAAGCUUGAAGAACAACAGCGCCAGUUGCUGGAGCAGCAGAACCAACAGCUGCUUCAAACACAGCAGCUCAAAGAGCAGAUAUUGCAACAGCAGGAGCACCAGAAGAUGUUGCUAGCACAGCAACAGAAUCAACAGCAGCAGUUGCUCGUAGCGCAACAACAGCAACAGCUGCUGAUGGAGCAGCAGGAAAAGGAGCGCGAGCUACAGCGUGAAAAAGAGCGCGAACUGCUGAAAGAGCGUGAGCAGGAGCUGGAACGCGCAAGGGAGCGCGAACGAGAGUUACAUCUAGCGCGGGAGCUGGAGCUGCAACGUGCACGUGAAGUAGAGCAGCAGCGUGCUCGUGAUCUUGAACAGCAAAGGAUACGCGAGAUGGAGAUACAGAGGGCACGGGAGCUCGAGCACCAACGACUACGCGAGCUCGAGAUCCAGCGUGCGAUUGAAGUAGAACAAGCCCGCCAAAGGGAGGUUGAGUUGCAACAGCAGAAGGCUGCAGUCGUACAGGCUGCUUCGAAAGAACUGAAAGAUUUACCACCAUCCAGCGAAGGAGCUACUCAGCAGGAAGAGGCCGCUAAAUUGGAUGAACUGUUGACAACUGCUCCUCAGAUAAAUGGCGCUCCGAUCACUUCCUCCGUGGAUGUAGUUGAUGGAGCCGCUGCUCUGCCAACACCGUCCACCGUGCUAACAGAUCAACCUCCGAUAAGACCACCUCUGCCUCCAAUGACGGCCCCAUUCGUCUACCAUCCGGAUUAUCUGUCCUACCAUGGUGUUCCACCAUCGUCGGCAGCUGCUGCUGCCUCUUACCUAAUGCGUGGCGCUCCCUCGGACGAGGAUCUUGGCAUGACACCGCUAGCACCGCAGCGCCGUCGCCGUCAUCAUCGCUCGAAACGUGAAUCCACCUCGGAGGAAGACUUCCAGCGGGAGCAGCGUCGUCACCGACACGGUACCCGAUCGCCCGAACCCUCCAUCCCGACACUCGGCGGACAGCUGGUGCGAGCGUGUGGUUCCUCCAUCCGGCAGACUGGUGACGAUCUGAUGGCAAUGUUGCGCGCUAGCAGCAAGGAUGAAAACAAGCGCGAUCUGCACAUUGCCAUCAUCAUACUGAUCGUGAUCGUGGCCGGAUUGAUGGCGCUCGGAAUGAGCGGUGAAAAGGCGGUUCAUCAUCAUCACUGGGACUACUUUAGCCCGCCGGGGCAUGGUAGCAGCACGUAGAGCUUUAAAGCGCCUUAACGUGUGUGUGUUUGUGGUUUUUUUAAUUACUGAUACGAAGAUUCCCUCACAGCGACUAAACUAAGGUAAACAGUUUAGUAAACACGACGCACGCAUACAACAUACAUACACACACGGUCAUGGUUUUUAACGAUUUUAUAGCAAAUAUGCUUCAUUUAGUGAAACAAUUACCGAGUUGUAAACAAAUAGGUGAAAAGAGAUAGCUUGUAAUACGGAUUGCAUACUUGCUCCUUAAGGUAUACAAUCCGCAGUACAAAACUAUCGCUUGAAGUCUAUGUGAGAUCAUCUCUUGAAAUCAUUUUGUGAGUCGGGGAUAUUUUGCACAAUUAAAUACUUGUUAAAAUGAUAUUGAAAAUGUCAUAACAAAAUCUUACUAUCAUGUAAAAUAGCACGAUCUUAGAUUUUUUUUUGCAUACGUGGAUUGCAAAUAUUAUCGCGAUCAGUUUGUUUACUAGAGUACGAAGCUUGGCCAACUUUACUUUCACUAUACUCAACUACAAGAAUGCUGCAUUUUACACACAAACACACUCAGUGACACAUUCGCUUUCAGCACACUUUUCAACAUGUUCUCACUUAGUGCACACACUGCAACAUUUGGUUAAGAAAUCACAACCUACUAGAUUCGUACGAUGGAGCUAGUAACAUUAGACACGCUUUCCUUUGAACUGUUAAAUAAUUGCUGCCAGACGCAGUCACAUGCGCAUAACUUUCUAACGUCUAUUUCUUCCAACGAGUUGUGAAGUUUUUUUUUUGCUAUACCGUUUGUUGCUUAUAAUUCUCCACUUUGUUACCCACUGUGUCCUUACUUUUGGAAGAAAAUACUAUUGCUAAUAAUGGUGAUAGCGUGCAUUAUUUACGUGUUUUAAUGAGCUAGUUCCUUUUGAUUGUUUUGUUGAAUAGUAACAGUCUAGUGGUUUGUUCCAGUACACUUUUGUCCUUUUUUUUUGUUCUUUACACUAUAAGUUACACGGCUAGUUUCUGUUUUCCGUUUUCAUUUUGUGUCGUUUCCAACGAAACACAUUCAACGGGUUUGGUUUAACCUGAACAGUUGUGUUUUGUAGAAUCAGGCGAGAGUUUGUGUCUAGUCAUAGUUUAGUGCUACUAUUAAUUUAUUGUUAAACACCUCAAAAAUGAACGUUGACAAUCCCAGCACACAAUUAUCCUCAUACACACAUACACACACCAACACACAAUAACUCAAACACACAGGACAUGUACACGCAUACAAGUGGGAAAAAUAAAAGAAAAUAAAAACGAAAUUCGAAUAAAUCAUGAAGGCAUGAUUUUACGUGAGUUGUACCCUGUUCGCGAAACGUUAUUAAAAAAAAGGCACGUGAGUUUAUCCACUCAUUUAAGUUCGUUCCCGUUAAGUAGUUGAAUAUUGCUUUGUUUUUGGUUUUUCAUUUAGUGUUUGUAACUGUUUUAAGUUUUGCCCAAUUGUUUCGUCAAUUAUCUGUUAGCGUGUACGAAAGAGAGGUAUGGAACAAUUCGAACACUCGCGAGUGGAUGUGUAAUUUUACAAGAAAAGAAAUAUAUAGUUGCAUUAUGGUUA